AAUGCCGCAUUUCCGUCGUGACUAUUUCAAAAGUGUAUUUGAACUGUAAGGUUUAACAACGGUGCAUUACUAAAAGAAUUCAAUUACAUACUUAGAAAAAAAAAAUAAAAAUAAAAAGUUCGAAAUAAAAAAAUAAAUAAAAAUGCGUUUAUUACAAGAGCACCAAAUUGAUUUUAUUGAUCCUUCGGAAUUAAUGCGGCCAGAACCCUCGUUUGCCGACAAAAGCCUUUCAAAAUUCCGCGAUUACAGUGUAGACGAAACCGAUCCGCUUAAAGAACGUGUACGUCAAACCUACCGCCUUAUGCACUUGAAUCAAACAGUGGAUUUUGUUCAGGGACGCCGUCAAAAAUGGUUGCAAUUCAAUACCAUGAAAGCUACAGUACGUGAGGCUCUCGAGAAACUCAACGAUUUAAUUGAUGAAUCCGAUCCCGAUAUUGAUUUACCCAAUAUUGUACAUGCCUUCCAAGCGGCCGAGAGAGCACGUGAAGAAUUUCCCGAUUUCGAUUGGUUGCACUUGACUGCUUUAAUUCAUGAUUUAGGCAAAAUAAUGGCUUUCUAUGAUGAACCUCAGUGGUGUGUAGUGGGCGAUACUUUCCCUGUCGGCUGUGCCUGGGGUGAUAGUAUUGUCUAUCGCAAGGAUAGUUUUGAGGGUAAUCCUGAUGGUGUUAAUCCCCAGUACAAUACCAAAUAUGGCAUGUAUGAGCCUCAUUGUGGCGUGGAUAAUCUUUUGAUGUCUUGGGGUCAUGAUGAGUACAUGUAUCAGGUGUUGAAACACAAUAAGACAAAAUUACCCGAUAUUGCCUGUAAAAUUAUACGUUUCCAUUCGUUUUAUCCAUGGCAUAAUGGUGGUGACUAUCACCACUUGGCUAAGCCAGAGGAUGAGGAGACUAAAAAAUGGGUGCUAAUAUUCAAUCGUUAUGAUUUAUACACCAAAAGUGAAAAGGUACCCGAUAUUGAAGCUCUUUGGCCCUACUAUCAAUCUUUAAUAGAUAAAUACUUGCCCGGAGAAUUGGAGUUUUAAAUUAUUGUAGAAUUUAACAUAAAAUUUAAACUAUUAUUGGUAAUAUAAAAUAAUAUAGAACAGAAUUUAGAAAUAAUUUUUCAUACAAAUAUAAACAAUUAUAAAAUCUUAGUUAUAUACAGCUGGUAUAUUAAGAAAACUGUGAUUUAAUAUACAAAUAAAUAAGAAAAAUAACAC